AUGUCGGGCGGGUACAUUGCUGUGACGGUGGUCUUCUUCGUGCUGGCCCUCGGGGUAUGUCUGCUAACCUACCACUACUACACGAAGGUGUCAAUUAAGCGGAUACCGAUUGCCUGCGCGGUGUGGCACGUGAUCGCGUUGUACAUGUGCAUGCUACCCUUCCCACUGCUGGUUGUGGAUAUCGAUGCUUCGUUGGCAGCGCAGAGCGACACCAGCCAGAAGCAAGACUGGAUGCGACCCAUCUGGAUCACCAUCUUCGCUGUCACAUACUUCUGCGCGUGGGUGUCCCUGCCGUUGGCGCAGAUGUACACGGAGGUGGGCGAGUUCACCGUGAAGGGCCGGGUGCUGCACUCCAUCAAGCUGAACCUUAUCCUGUACGCUGUCAUCAUCGUCAUCGUGCUAGCGGCGCUCGGCUACUUUGUUGUAAUCACGAACUCGUACAGCUCCGUCGCGAAGGUCAUGAAGGUCGUCAUCUCGCUCGCCAACGCGUGGGGCCUGCUUAUUUUGACUCUGUUCAUGCCGGCUGGCCUGGUUGGUGUGCCGCGUAUGCUGUGGCGCUACGCCGACGCGAAGCGACUGCUGCGUAGCCAACUGUACGCGGCCACCGACAUUCAGGAGGACCUCGACCUGGCCGCGAUGGACUUGGCGUCCAUCAAGGCAGAGCUCAUCAGCAUCGACCCCCAAGUCUCGGAGGAGGACCGCCCUCACCUCGCCUUCAUGCUGGAGAUCAUCUCGGCCGCCGACCGGGAGAUUCCCAUGUACCACAUCGCAGCCCUGCGCGUCAAGACGGCGCCGUCCACGGAGCGCGACGAUGUGUCGCUCCUCCACCUCGAGACACUGAAUCAACGGCUCAAGAAAGCCAUCAAGAUUGCGAACCGGGCCAACUACCGCUGGAACUCGACGGUGCGCAAGUGCGACUCGCUUGAUCAGAUUGUGCGCGGUGUCAAGGGCACCAACAACCGCCUGAAGCGGAUGUGGUUCCCGAUUCGGCAGUACGUCUACUACACCGGGUGCUUUGUCUGCUCGGUGCUGACAAUUUUCAUCCUGUGGAGCGAGCUGACGAUGCCGCUGCGGGACUGGGCCGGAAAGCCGCUUGGCGUGAUCGAGCUCGUCAUGAAGAGCUCCAUUCACUUCAUCGGGUCUGUUGUGCUGCUCUUCUAUAUGGCGUACUGCGCCUACUGGGCGGCCUUUCAGUUUAAGGUGCACGACGUGUACGUGAUCUACCCCAGCAUUGCUGAUAACGCUUCGCUUUGCUUCAACGAGACCUUCCUGGUGCGCCUGUUGAUGCCGCUGUGCUUUAACUUCCUCCUCAUCUCCGGGCUGUCGUCCACCGCGAGCGAGACGCGCGUCGAUGUGGCCUAUGGCCAUGUGUACCGCAGCAAUAUGGACAUCGGACUCUUGUUCGGCUCCUACGUGAACAAGCUGCUGCCGCUCAUGAUUCCCUUCAUCGCCGCCAUCGUCUUCUUCCAGCUCACUCAGCAGGUGCUUUCCGUGGUUGGAAUCGAGGUGCAUAACCCGAACGACGUAGAGAACCCGGCGGUGCGCCAGCGCAUCAUGGAUGGGCGGAAGCUGGUCGAGGCAGAGCUGGGCUACCAGCUGACCUCACCAUUCCUUCAAGAAGAGGGCGUCACGGAGGCGAAGUCGCCAAGUCCGUCACCGAGAGCAAGACCGGGUCGCGAUGGCGUUGAGGAGUCGGAUAUAAAGCGUGGCCAGCGCUAUCGUGACUACCUCCAGAAGAAGCGCGGCAACGCCGCCAGCGGUGCUGAUGACGGGUCAGAGAUGACGAACUUCCAUAUUGCCGGGACUUCCAGAGAAGGGGAGCCCUAG